AUGAAGGCCGUCCUCCUCAGCGUUCUUUUCAUCUCUCUUUUGUUGUCUUCAUUUUCUUCGCUUGUUUUGGCUCAUGGCGACGCCAACGAUAUUGAGAAUCAUGAGUUCGAUCUUGAUAUGAACUUUACAAAUGUGAGGAUCAAGCAAGCUUAUAUUGCUCUUCAAUCAUGGAAAAAAACUAUGCUCUCUGACCCUCAUAAUGUUACUACCAAUUGGGUCGGAGCUGAUGUGUGUGCCUACACCGGCAUUGUGUGCUCGAAGGCACAGGAUAAUCCGACAUUGACCGUUGUUACUGGUGUUUAUCUCAGCCACGGUGACAUUGACGGGUCUCUUCCUCCGGAGCUCGGGCUUUUGACCGAUUGUAAUCUUUUCAACAUUAACUUUAACAGGUUUAAUGGCGUAUUCCCCAAGAGCUUCUCCAAGCUUCAGGGUUUGCAACAACUCGAUGUCAGCUACAACCGCUUUGUUGGUCCAUUUCCUGACGUCGUUCUAGAGUUUCAAUCUCUCAAAUAUCUAAACUUAAGGCACAAUGAGUUUGAAGGACAAUUGCCCAAACUACUCUUUGAGAAGAAGUUUGAUGGUGUGUUCUUGGAUAACAACAAGUUCACAUCUAACACAGAUUUUUGUGAGCUGAGAUGUGGAAACCAUCCCAUCAGUCCCACUCCAGAUGUACCACAAACACCUAAUACCCCCUCAAACCCAUCUCCACCAGCGCCAAAACCACCAUCACCAACACCAGAAAGUCCUAAAUUCAACGCGCCACCAACACCUACACAGUCUCCACCAUCACCGGUUGGUACACCUUCUGUCCCAUCAACACCUACUUCAACACCGCCAACCCCUUCGUCUCAGGCAUCACCUCCUCCAACACCAUCAAAGAGUUAUACUCCACCUCCCACAUCAAAACCACCAACAUCAACUCCACCAUCCCCUUUAUCCCAAGCAUUAUCUCCUCCGACACCAUCAACGGGUUAUAAUCCACCUCCCACUUCAAAGCCACCAACAUCAACUCCGCCAACCCCUACGUUCCAAACAUCACCUCCUCCGACACCACCAAUGAGUUACAAUCCACCUCCAACAACCAAACCACCAACAUCAACUCCGCCAACCCCUACAUCCCAAGCAUCACCUCCUCCGACACCAUCAACGGGUUACAGUCCACCUCCCAUAUCCAAGCCACCAACAUCAACUCCAUCAACCGCUUCAUCCCAAGCAUCACCUCCUCCAACACCAUCAACGGGUUACAAUCCACCUCCCACUUCAAAUCCACCAACAUCAACUCCGCCAACCCCUACAUCCCAAGCAUCACCUCCUCCAACACCAUCAACAAGUUACAAUCCACCUCCCACAUCCAAGCCACCAACAUCAACUCCACCAACCCCUACAUCGCAAGCAUCACCUCCUCCAACACCAUCAACAAGUUAUAAUCCACCUCCCAUGUCAAAGCCACCAACCUCAACUCCACCAACCCCUACAUCCCAAACAUCACCUCCUCCGACACCAUCAACAAGUUAUAAUCCACCUCCCACAUCCAAGCCACCAACAUCAACUCCGCCAACCCCUUCAUCCCAAACAUCACCUCCGCCAACACAAUCAACAUCGACUCCACCAACAUCAACUCCACCAACCCCUACAUUCGAAGCAUCACCUCCUCCGACACCAUCGACAUCAACUCCACCAACACCUACAUCCCAAGCAUCACCUCCUCCAACACCAUUAAAGAGUUAUACUCCACCUCCCACAUCAAAGCCACCAACAUCAACUCCACCAACCCCUACAUCCCAAGCAUCACCACCUCUCACACCAUCAACAUCAACUCCACCAACUCCAACAUCCCAAGCACUACCUCCUCCGACACCAUCAACAAGUUAUACUCCACCUUCCACAUCCAAGCCACCAUCAUCAACUCCACCAACUCCUUCAUCCGAUGUCUCACCUCCUCCACAACCAUCCAAGAGUUAUACUCCACCACCGACUUCAACUCCACCAAACCCUUCAUCCAAAGUAUCACCUCCACCAAAAGAAGUCACAACUUAUAUUCCACCUCCCAUUUCCAAGCCACCAACUUCAACUCCGCCAAGCCCUUCACAACGAGCAUCACCUCCUCCGCAAGAAUAUGACACUCAUUCUCCACCACCCAUAUCAAAGCCACCAACAUCAACUCCUCCAACCCCUUCAUCCCAAACAUUACCUCCUCCGACACCAUCAAUGGGUUACACUCCACCUUCCACAUCAAAGCCACCAACAUCAACUCCGCCAACCCCUCCAUCUAGAGUAUCACCUCCCCCGACACCGUCAAGGACUUAUACUCCUCCUCCCACUUCUAAUCCACCAAGCCACACACCAAAACCAUCUCCCAUCCCUACUCCAACUCAAACACCUUUUUUGGCUCCUCCUAAACCUGGCAAAGCAUCUCCAGGCCCAGCUCCAACUCAAACACCUAUUUUGACUCCUCCUAAACCUGGCAAAGCAUCUCCAGGCCCAGCUCCGACUCAAACACCAUUUUCGGCUCCUCCUAAACCUAGUAAAGAGUCUCCAAGCCCAACUCCAUCUCGAACACCAGUUUCAGCUCCGCCUAAACCUGUCAAAGAAUCUCCAGGACCAGCUCCGAUACGAACACCAGUUCAACCUCCUAAGGCAUCUCCAUUCCCAACUCCAACUUUAACACCAAUUUAUACUCCUCCUAAAAGAUCUCCAGUCCCGGCUCCAGCUCCAAAACUAAGUUUCCCACCUCAAAAACCUCCUAGGCCAUCCCCAAUCCCAACUCCUGCUAGAACACUGACUCCAGCUCGAACACCGAUUUAUCCUCCUCCUCAGAAAACUCCUAAGCCAUCACCAAUCCCAUCUCCAACUCAUACACCAGUUUCAGCUACUCCUAAAUCUUCUCCAAUCCCGACUCCAUCUCGAACACCAAUUUAUCCACCUCAGAAACCUCCUAAGUCAUCUCCAGUCCCAGCUCCAACUCAUACACCAAUUUCUGCUCCACCAAAACCAACUAAGCCAUCUCCAGCCCCAACUCCAGUUUUGACACCAGUCUCAACUCCUCCUAAACCUACUAAGCUAUCUCCAACCCCAACUCCAGUUUUGACACCAGUUUCGGCUCCUCCUAAACCUACUAAGCCAUCUCCAGUCCCUCCUCCAACUUCCACACCAGUUUCAGCUCCUCCUAAGUCAUUUUCCGGCCUACCACCAGUCCAAUCGCAUCCACCACCACUAACUUCUACACCAGUUUCAACUCCUCCCAAACCAUCCCCUGUCCCACCAACGAUUCAAUCGCAUCCACCAGCACCAACACCUGCACGAUCAUUAACUCCUCCUCCUACUCAUGCGGUUUCUUCACCACCGCCAAAGCACGAUGACUUCAUUCUCCCACCAAACUUGGGCGCACAAUACUCUUCCCCACCUCCGCCAAUGUUCCAAGGCUAUUAAAUAGUUAACCAUUAGCCUUUUUAUGUAUUAAUACCAUUGAUUUUGACUUCAGAAUAUAUGUACAAGCUCACUCAUUCACAUGAGUUUCUAAACUAUGGACAUUUUUUUAUACUUUAACCAUACCGUUACCUAAAUGAGAUUCAGUUGUCAAAUUUUUGUUA